GGACAAUUUGAGGCGCCACCUCUGUUUACUCUAUUAUCUGAAACCGCAAACAUUAUUCUGGCAUAAUUAGAUUAUAUCCAUCUAAUUUAUCAGAAUUUGGACUAAUUUAGUAUAUUUCUUCAACCAAAUAUACUUUCAUAUAAUAAUUCUUUUGAAAUAGUGCAAAAAUAAACCAAACAACUACAACUUCCCCAUUUUGAACGAUAAUUCAACGUUGAUAACUAUAAGUGGUAGAUGGCGCUGAAAAGAGCAUCUCCGAAUUUUUGACCAAAAAGCGUCACUCUGAUCGAUUUGUAAACCUGCUUUACUCCAAAAACUACUAUUGAUUGUAUAAACUAUGUCGAAAGAAGAUUUGGCAGCUAUAGUAAAUAGCCUGUUAGGAGGAAAAAAUUCUUCGGGUCAACUCUUAAAGUUAGUUGGAUAUGUUACAAAUGAAGAUACGAAAAGCCAAAGUAUUGAUUACAUUUUGUCCAGUGAAGUUCUAAAAGAAUGUCGAUUAAUCUUUGAUACUAGAGAUCGGGAUGGAAAGCUACAAUGUGCUGAAUUAAUAGCAGAAAUUGCUAAAAUUGAAAAAGGUCGUUUAGCAUGCUUAGAGUCAAAUCUUGUUCCUGGCUUAAUGUCAUUAUUGCGAUUUGGAAAAUGUGAAGAAGUUAUUGAAGCGUGUAGAGCUCUGGGAAAUAUGUGCUUCGAUUGCGAGAAAGCAAGAAGAAUUAUAGAUGAAAAUGAAGGAAUUGCAGCACUUUUGGGAAUUCUUAGAGAAAAUCUGUGUUCUAGAUAUGAAACAAGUGAUAAAUUACGUACUGUUGCUUUGGGUUUUUUGCUAAAUUUAACAAAUGAUAAUGAUAUCGAAUUAUCGGAAUGUAAUAUCAAUAAACCGGUUGAAUUCGGUAAAGACAAUUCAAAUGUUUCUUUCAAGCAAAUGUCUGUCAAUAUACAAUUUAACGCCAGCGUCGACCAUGAGAGUAUUCAAGAGAAAGUUUGCUGUUUGGGUGCUAUUGAUAUUCUUCAAGAUUACCUAAAUGAAAUAAAAGAUGAAUCUACGUUAAGAAUGCUUUUAAACGUUAUCACCGGCCUUGUCGAUACAGAUAUGUGUCGUGAUGCCAUUUUAAAAAGGGAUUUCAUAAAAAUGUCAUCGGAGCUCCUUACUAAGAAAGAUGUAGAUCCAGAAAUAAUUUUAGAAUUUUUAUCAUCUCUGUGUAAUUCAUCGGAUGAUGCUAAAUUACAGUUAGCUAUGCAUUGCAAAAAUCUCCUUAGCGUUCUAGAGAGAUACAGUACUAAUGAAGAAGAUAUUGAUAUAUUAAAAAGCGUAACAGAUUUGAUCGUUUUAUUAUUUGCCGGCGAGAAGAGUUUAAAAGAAGUAUAUAAGAAUGGUGAGGGAACUCUAUACAGAGAAGCUAUAAAAUGGUUACAAAGCGAUGUGGAACAAUUGCAGUGUUGCGGCGUCUUAGUAAUUGGGAAUGUUGCAACAAAUGGUGACUUCGAUUUUCUAUCUUUUUUUCUUCUCCUCAUUAAUUUUUCUCUGUUGUUUCGUCUUUUUUCCAAAAUAUCAAAUGUACUUUUCUUAAGGAUAAAGGGAAGAUUUGAAAUAGAACCUAAUCUAUUAAUUAUUUUCAUUAAAUAGAUGAACAAAGUAUAAGUCUAGUGAAACAAGGAGUCGUAUCAAAGUUAUUAAACCUAUUGCUACCCGAUCCACAAAAGAUAUCUGACGAUCUUCAACACGCAAUCUUUAGUACUUUGAGAAAUUUAUCAGUUCCAGUUGAAAAUAAACAAGCUCUCAUCAAUGCUGGUUUAUUAAAAGUAGCCCUACAGUUCUAUGAUUCGAACCUCUACGUUGUUCAAUUCAAACUGAUUGCAAUGAUAAGAUUAUUAAUUGAUGGACAGAGUGAGGCAUCAAGUUUUCUUAUAAAGAAUGUUGAUUUCACAAAGAAAAUCAUUUCGUUGACGGACGUCCAAACUCAUUCUGGAGUACAGGCUGAGAGCUCUAGGCUUUUAGCAAGAUUAAUUAAAAAUUCUAAAGAUGUCGAAAGUUUAAGUAUCAUUUUGGAAAAUGAUGGAUUAAAGCCUUUAGAGAAUAUGAUGAUAUGUGAACAUGAUGUCAUGAAAAAUGAAGCUCUAAUGGCCAUUAUUAUACUUGCAAACGUUCUUAAGAAUAACAUAGGUGAUAAAAUUGACAAAUCAAAUAUUAUGGAAGGUCUAAAAACGCUCUUUGACGAGAAGGAAUCUUUAUAUAUUAUUCUCAAUGGCCUAACAUUGCUUAAUUCUAUAUUAUCCCACGACAAACUGAAAUCUAAGGCAAAGAGUCUAGACAUUGAAAAUUCCAUCAAGAGCCUUCCAUUUCAAGGGGAUGAGCAGUUUAAAGUAUCUUCUAACGUAGCAUAUUCUCUUCUAAAGUAGUUUUCUUUCUAUUUAUUCCAUUUGCAUUGUCUUCUGUUAUAUAUAUUUAUAUAUAGAUUUGUGCAUUGCAAUUUAUUUCCUUUUAGUUUCUAUGCAUAUAAUUCAUGUUUCUUCUGCUUUAAGAGCUUACAUAAGACAUCUCUUGUUAUUGUUCUUUUUGUUAUAAUUAUUCAAAGGGUUUUUUAUUAAUAAAACUGUAUUUUAUAUUCCAAAUUCACUCAUUAAUUGCUCUUCAUCUCUUGCUAUAUCUCUCUCUCUCUUUGAGUCUUUUAAGGCUAAUUGUAGGCUUAAUCCUAAUACAAAACUACUGACUUAUAGGAAUUGAUUUACAUCUUAGAUCAAAUCGACAACGGCUGUAAAUUAGUAUGAGGCACCAAGGUCUACCCUUGACGUUUGUCGUUAUCUUUCUUCAUUUAUUCUUUGAGAGUCUGACCCCUCUAUUAGAGAGGAGAAGUCUCUUGAAGGAAAGGAUAUACAAUUCAUGAACAAAUUGCAGGCAACAACCACUUUCAUUGUAAUUGACUUGUCCUUUUUUAUUUAUAAGAAGGAGACAGUUUUAACUAAUUCUUUUCUGUUUUUAAUACGAUAUAAGUCAUGGUGAAAAGAGGGCUUUCAAUCAAAAUGACCAAGACUUUUAUCCUAUUUUCGUAUAAAUCUAUGAAUACUAUCCGCCGGUAAAAUUCUUUCCUUAUAAAGAAAUUUUCUAAGCACAAUUCGAUAUUAACAAAAUAUUUUCGUACAAAGAGAAGUGAAUAAAGGAUAAAUUUUCCGUUAAUUAGAUUAAAGAAGGUAGGCUGUCUGUAUAUUUAAAUAUAUUAGAUGCACAACAAAGCAGCAGAUAGAAAGGAAAGCAG